AUGAUUAAUAAGUCCAAUGAAUCUCAUGAUCGAAUCAUAGCCAAGAAACUAAAAAAAUCUUCAAAUGAUCAGCAAGUCAAUGAAAAAGGAUAUCAAUAUAUAAACAAUGAAUAUAAACAGAUGAUAUCACUUUUAGAUACACAAAGUACAACAGAUAUAAAACUGAAAAAAAGAAAGAGAAUAGAAAAUUAUAAUCAUACUAAAAUCGAUAUUUUCAAAAAUGUAACAGAUUUAACAUUACAAUUGAACAUAUUAAUAGAAGAAUAUUCAUAUUACUUUUCAAAUAUUACAUCAUUAAGAUUAGUUCCAUCGGAAACAUUAGGACAUCGUAUGCUUACAAAUCAACAUAUUCAAAUUUUAAAAACAAUUGUAAAUUUAUUUAAUUUAAAACAUUUAAAUAUUGAACGAAUAUAUGGAAUAGAAAAUACAUUAGUGUUAUUAGAAAUAUUAAAACAAUCGCCAAAACUAUCUUCGAUAACGUUUAUUCCAAAAGCGAUUAUACAAUUAUUUAAUGAUGAUGAAUUAUGUAAGUAUUUAAAUAAAUUGAUAAAAAAAAUAAUUCUAACUGAUUAUUUUGAAUAUUAUGCUAAUAAUUCUGAAAAAAUCAAACAAUUUUGUCAAAUAUUUUCUAAUAUUGAAUAUUUAGAAUGUAAAAUCAAUUCUCCGGAUAAUUUAUUAUUAUUAUUAAAUUAUUUACCAAAAUUAUCAAGUAUCAAAGCAAUUGGCAAUAAUAAAUGUUAUCCUGAAAGAAAAUUUUCUCCGUUUGAAAAUGCACUACGAAGAUUAAAUGUAAUCUUUAAUAUUAAUCAUGUGUUCAUUUCGGAAUUUUAUGAAACAAGAAUAUCUAUUUGGAUUGGUAACAAAAUCAUCUGA